AUGAGAGCUUCAACCAGUGUGAGUCUCGCUCUGUCUGACUCUCAGUCUCUCUCUAGUCUUUACAGUGGUGUGCACCACAAGUUCAAAAGGGAUUUAGGCCAACCAGUAAGGGACUCGAUCGAAGACUCAAAGGGGGAGAAAACUGAGAUCUACAUUUCAGCUCUAGACUGGUUUUUCAUAUUUCUUCUCGUGCAACCAAGUAGAAGAA